AUGUUCGUCAAGAACUCUCUUCUCCUGGCCGCGGCCUUGACCGCUGGCUCUGCUGUUGCCCGUCUUCACGGUCAUGAGCGCCGUCACGCUCACCCCAAGCCUGCUGAGGUUGAGCUCGAGAAGCGCGUUGGUGAGGUCGUGACUGCCACCAUUGACGGUGUUCUCGAGACCUGGAUCAACGAGUGGUCUGGUGUGAUCGCUGCUCCUACCUCUUCUUCCACCUCCACCACUGUCGUUCAGGUUCCUACCACCACCGUUGCUCCCGCCGUUCCCGAGUUCACUGCCUCACCCUCCAACGUCGAGUCCACCGUCGUCCCGACUCCCGCUGCCAGCUCCGGUGGUGCCUGGUCCGAGUCCCCCGCCAAUGGCCAGUACUCCCGUGACGGCUUCGGUGGUGUUUCCAAGGCCCAGAAGGUCGGUGUCCUUGACUGGGACUACAUCGGCAACGUCGGUCUCCCCUGGGGUAGCAACAUCAUCGAGGUUGCGGAGAGCGCCGCCAGCCAGUACAAGCACGUUCUGCGUUUCGAGGGUAGCCAUUCCGAGCCCUGGAACGUCGUCUUCUGGAACACCUACGGCCCCGACAACAAGAUGACCGGAUUCUGGGCCCCCAACAAGGCUCUUCACUUCACCCUGGCCCCCGGUGAGGUCAAGUACGUUGCCAUUGACGACAACUCUCAGGGUGGCUGGGCUGCCGCUCCCGGCUCGGUCCCCACCACCAACUUUGGUCAGUACGCCGCCACCUGGGGUGAGUUCGACAUGAGCAGCGAGAAGAACGACGGCUUCUCCGGCUGGGACGUUUCCUGCAUCAUUGCCGAGCUCAACGACCUCGAGAUCCAGGGUAUGCGCAUUUGCAACCACCUUGGCCAGGACUGCUCCGCCAUCGGCAAGGGUCUCUCCUCCCUGCUCAAUGCCUACACCAAGAACGACCAGGGUAACAACCACUUGGCUGUCGCCCAGGCCUCCGGCCCCGUCCGUCUGGUCGUCCAGCUUGACUACGCUUAA